GGCCUGUAAUUAUCAAUAAUCAAAUAAUUUACGUCUCCUAAGCACGAAAGUUCAAACUUGAUCUAAAUGUGACAUAAGUAUUAUUGGUGUAUAAAUUAUACAGUAUAAUGAUUUCAAAAUUCAAAAUUUGUAUUAAAAUCAAUUUUAUAUGAAAAAUCAAAGCAAUGAAUGAGAAUGAGUUUGUAUUUUCAGAAGAACCUACUUUAGAAAUUUUACGACAAAUGAUGGAGAGUUUUGUAUCAGAAAGAAAUUGGAAUCAGUUUCAUACACCAAGAAAUUUGAUAUUAGCUUUGGUUGGUGAAGUGGGAGAACUGUCAGAAUUAUUUCAAUGGAAAGGAGAUGAAGAAUCUAUAUCCAAUUGGCCAGUCACAGAGCAGAUCCAUUUAGGAGAGGAGCUCAGCGAUGUAUUGUUAUAUCUUAUUCGACUAGCUGACAUAUGUAAUGUUGAUUUAUCAAAUGCUGCUGGCUAUCUACUAAAGAUUUCUAAUAUAAUAAACAGUGAGAAUGAGUCAGAUUACGUGGAUAAAGUUUCAACUGCGAAGGUUUUUUCUGCUCAUCCUAACCUCGAAGAUAUUAGAAAAAUGUCAAACAGUAAGGCUUUGAACCAUUCUCCCAGAAAUUUGGUAUUUUCUAUUGUUGGUGCUGUCGGAAAAAUUUCUGAACUUAGUGGCUGGAAAUCAGAUGGUGAAAUUUUGCGAGCUUCACAGAAAGACCGAAUCACUUUUGCAGAAAAACUUACUGUUCUUCUCUUACACUUGGUACAAUUAGCUGAAAAAUGCAAUAUUGAUUUGCCUAAAGUUGCUAUCCGCAAGUAUAAUCUAAAUGUAGAGAAAUACCCUGUAGGAUUAGUAAAAGGAUCUAGUAAAAAGUACAACGAGUAUUCAAACAAAAGCAGCUAUUGAACUUUAUUUCAAGUUUUAUAUUAUGUUGUAUUUGAUAAUUUAUUUAAUCCUUCAAUGUAAGUUACGGUGCAAUCUUUUUUUGUUUAUUCA